AUGGCUUAUCCCUCCCACGCAACCGGCACAGGUCGUAACAUCGACAUGGCUAAGACCGAGUCGGAUCUGGCCAUCAACAUCCGCAAAGCUACCAGCAUUGAGGAGACUGCGCCUAAAAGAAAACAUGUCCGCUCAUGUAUUGUUUACACCUGGGACCACCGUUCCUCCUUGUCCUUCUGGGCUGGGAUGAAGGUGCAGCCCGUCAUGGCCGACGAGGUCCAAACCUUCAAAGCCUUGAUCACCAUCCACAAAGUCCUUCAAGAGGGUCACCCAGUGACGGUCAAAGAGGCGCAGCAGAACAUCAAUUGGAUCGAAAGUCUUGCUAGAGGCGUGACCGGAGAAGGACUGCGAGGAUACGGCCCCCUCAUCCGAGAAUACGUCUUCUUCCUCCUUGCCAAACUAGGCUUCCACCGCAACCACCCCGAGUUUAAUGGGCUGUUUGAAUAUGAAGAAUACAUCAGCCUGAAGUCGAUUAACGAUCCCAACGAAGGCUACGAGACCAUUUCCGACCUGAUGACCCUGCAAGAUCAGAUUGACACUUUUCAGAAGCUGAUCUUCUCGCACUUCCGCGGAGGCUCCAACAACGAGUGCCGCAUUGCAGCCUUGGUUCCCUUGGUCCAGGAAAGCUACGGGAUCUACAAGUUCAUCACCAGCAUGCUUCGAGCCAUGCACACUACCACGGGUGAUGACGACGCUCUGGAACCACUCCGCACUCGAUAUGACGGCCAACACUACCGCCUCGUCAAGUUCUACUACGAAUGUUCCAACCUGCGAUACCUCACGUCUCUCAUUACCGUUCCGAAACUUCCUCAAGACCCUCCCAAUCUCCUUGCCGACGACGACGAAAGGCCUGCGCUCCCAAAGCGGCCCGCCAAAGAAAUCGAGAAACCUCCCACCCCAGUUGCGAAGAACGGUACACCCGACACGCAGAAGGACAUUGAGGACUUUUGGACAAGAGAAGCUCAGCGACAACAAGAAGAGUACGAGGCGGAACAACGACGUCUGCAGCAACAAUGGGAAGAGCAACAGAGGCAACAAAUGCUGGCACAGCAAGAGGCGCAGCGUCAGUUUGAAGAACAACAGAGACUGCAGGCGGAGCAACAACGUCUGGCCCAAGAACAACUUCUUCGAGACCAGUACGCUGCCCAAACGCAAGGUCGCUUGGCUGAGCUGGAGCGAGAGAACCUCAACGCCCGUGCACAGUAUGAGCGGGAUCAGUUGAUGCUUCAGCAAUACGACCAGCGCAUGAAGGCCCUCGAGGAGCAGCUACAGCAACUCAACGCCAACUUCCAAAUGCAAUCUCAAUCCAAGGAUGACCAGAUUGCUGCGUUGCAGGAACAAGUCAACACGUGGCGAUCCAAGUACGAGGCAUUGGCCAAGCUGUACUCGCAACUCCGGCAAGAGCACCUUGAUCUUCUGCAGACCACCAAAUCCCUCAAGCUGAAAGCGGCGUCAGCCCAGGAAGCUAUCGACCGCCGAGAACGCCUUGAGCGCGAAAUGAAGACGAAGAACCUAGAGCUCGCCGACAUGAUUCGGGAACGCGAUCGCGCUUUGCACGAAAAGGACCGAGCACAAGGUUCCAACCGGGAAGAAGUUGAGAAGUUGAAACGUGAAUUGAGACUUGCACUGGAGCGAGCUGAGGAUGCUGAGAGGUCCAAGGGAUCUGAACUGUCAUCGAUGCUGGCCAAGUACAAUCGUGAGAUGGCCGAUUUGGAGGACGCAGUCCGGAGCAAGACCAGACAACUUGAGGAUAUCCGCUCCAAGCAAGGCGAACGGAACUACGACCACGAAGCCGCCCUCCGCGAGAAGGAUGAUGAGAUUGAGAUCUACAAAUCGGGGAUGGAACAGGCCCUGGAGGAACUUGAAGAACUAAAGUUGGGUCACGGCGAGUCCGAUGGGGCGCUCGACGGUGCCAUUGACGAGGUGAUCAAGACCACAGUCGACAAGAUCAACGACAUUAUCGACUCCGUCCUUCAGAGCGGCGUGCAACGAGUGGAUGACGCUAUGUACGAACUCGACUCUCCCAUGCAAGCCGGCAACCAGAACGCUACUGCUCCCUACGUCUUAUCCCAGAUCGAAAAGGCCUCGGCAAGUGCGACCGAGUUCUCCACCGCGUUCAAUAACUUUGUCGCGGAUGGUCCCAACAGUCCACAUGCCGACAUUAUCAAAACCGUCUCCGUCUUUGCAGCGUCCAUCGCCGAUGUCUUGUCAAAUACAAAGGGUCUGACUCGCUUCGCGACCGAAGAAAAGAGAGCCGACCAGUUGGUGGAUGCCGCUCGACAGUCUGCCAUGUCAACCGUCCAAUUUUUCCGCAACCUACAGUCUUUCCGCCUCGAAGGGCUGGAAACCGUGCAGAAAACCGACGUGGUCAUCAACAGCAACCACGAUGUGCUCAUGAAACUGCAAAAGCUGUCUAAACUCGCCGAUGCCUUUGCACCCCGCGGAAGCAAGCUCACGACCACCGGCGACUUGGGUGACCUGGUGGACUCGGAGUUGACCAAGGCCGCCAACGCGAUCGAUGCCGCUGCGCAACGUCUUGCCAAGCUGAAGAACAAGCCUCGUGAGGGUUAUUCCACGUAUGAGUUGAAGAUCAACGACUCAAUCCUGGAGGCUGCGCUCGCCGUCACCAAUGCCAUUGCGCAAUUGAUCAAAGCGGCCACUGAAUCGCAGAAUGAAAUAGUCCGCGAGGGACGAGGGUCUUCGUCCCGGACGGCAUUCUACAAGAAAAACAACCGUUGGACCGAGGGGCUCAUUUCCGCCGCAAAGGCCGUUGCCACAUCGACCAACACCCUCAUUGAGACUGCUGACGGUGUCAUUUCCGGCCGCAACUCGCCAGAGCAGUUGAUUGUGGCGUCGAACGACGUCGCCGCCUCGACGGCACAACUUGUUGCUGCCUCUCGGGUUAAGGCGAGCUUCAUGUCUAAGACACAGGACCGCUUGGAGCAGGCCAGCAGGGCCGUGGGUGCGGCGUGUCGUGGAUUGGUCAGGCAGGUGCAGGAUAUCAUCAAGCAGAAGGCGAGGGAUGAAGGCGAAUCCAUGGACUACUCCCGAUUGAGUGGACAUGAAUUCAAGGUCAGGGAAAUGGAGCAGCAGGUCGAGAUCCUCCAGCUGCGGAAUGCUCUCGAUGCAGCGCAGGGGAGGUUGGCGGAAAUGCGGAAGCUCUCUUACCGCGAAGACUGA